CCCAGAGAUCUCUAAAGCGGAUCCGAUAAUCCGAUCAGAAGGAAUCGAGACACAGAGUGAUCCCAAGCUUCCAGCGGCCGGAAGGACGGCGCCUCGGACUCCCUUCGGACAGGCAAGGCCAGACGGAGCUGGACAGUCGCCCGCCAUGAGGGUCCUGGGCCUGGCGCUGACCCUCGGCUGCAUCCUAGGGGCCUUUGGGGCAGAAGAGUCUUGCGAGGGCCGCUGCGACAAGGGCUUCGAUGAGAUGCGGAAGUGCCAAUGCGACGAACUCUGCGCCUACUACCAGAGCUGCUGCGAUGACUAUUUCACCACCUGCAGGUCCAAAGAGACCCGGGGGGACGUCUUCCUGCAGCCGGAGGAUGAUUAUUUGGACUAUGAGGACCCCCCUAACGUCACCGCGUCCUUGACCCCUACCAGCCCUACAACUUAUGGCACUUCAGGGGAUGUCUUUGAAUACCAUUGGACGGAGACCCCCGAAUUGGGGACCUUUGCGGGGACCACAAAAACCCCCACAGAGACCCCCACCAUUGCGGCAACUGAGGAAGAGGAAUAUCUCUGCAGCCACAAGCCCUUCGACGCCUUCACCAACCUCAAGAACGGGUCCAUCUUCGCCUUCCGGGGGAAAUAUUUCUAUGAACUAGAUGAGAAGAGCGCCGUGCCGGGAUACCCCAAGCUCAUCCGGGACGUUUGGGGCAUCGAGGGGCCACUUGACGCCGCCUUCACCCGCAUCAACUGCGAGGGCAAGACCUACCUUUUCAAGGGAAACCAAUACUGGCGCUUUGCGGACGGCCUUUUGGAGCCUGAUUUCCCGCGAAAUAUUUCCGACGGGUUUAAAGGGAUCCCGGACGAUUUGGACGCCGCUUUUGCUCUCCCGGCGCAGAAUUACUUCUCCAGCGAAAGAGUCUAUUUCUUCAAAGGGCGCCAUUACUGGUCCUACGACUUUGCCCACCAGCCCAGCCGGCAGGAGUGCGAGGAGACGUCCCCUUCGGUGGUCUUUGGCCAUUACGCCCAGAUGAAGGACCGUGACUUUGAGGACAUCUUCCAGAUCCUCUUCGGCGGAGUCCGGCGGAGUGGGACCAGCCGCCCGAAGUCCAUUUUCCGCGACUGGCGGGGGAUCCCGGGGCGCCUGGACGCAGCCAUGCUGGGCCGGCUGUACGUGGCCCCAAAGGUGAAUCCUGCCCCCCGGCGCCUCCAUCGGAAGCCUCCCCGCCGCCACCGCAAGAAGUACCGCCGCCGCCAGGGCUGGGGACGAUGGGACCCGCUGUGGGACUGGCCGCAGGAGAGCUCCGAAUCGGUGGAGAUAGACUGGUUCCUUGGUGAUACCUCUCCCUGCCAGCCAUUGCAGAGCGUCUACUUCUUCGUGGAAGAUAAGUAUUACCGUCUCAACCUCCGGACCCGACGGGUGGAUCGGGUCUAUCCAAAAUACCCGCGGCCCAUUGCCAAGUAUUGGCUGGGAUGCCCUUCCGAAGAAGAGGAUCUGGCUUAAAGUUCGGACUGGAAACCGGAGCGGACGCGAGCGCGCUCCAAUAAAGCGUGUUUUCCCCCCCUU